AUGUGCCCUAUAACACCCUCCUCCACAAAUGGCGCUGUCACACACAAACACGAGGCGGCGCAGAGGAUCACUAAACUACUACAUGGUGGCCAAGAGCCUGGCUCGACACCAAAGCGAUCACUUCUAUGGAAAGGCUCUGUGGAAGAGCUUCUGGGCUUCGGCGUCCAAGACAUCCCGACAGAAGAAAGUUGGUGGUUGGCAAGAAUUCAUUCAGAAGACCUGUUCGAUGUCGUCAACAGCCUUUCCAAGAUCCUGGCUCCAUCGCCAGAGACGCCAUAUGCUUCCGAGGCUAGGAUCUGGACACACGACUAUCGGUUCAAACUCGCGAAUGGACAGUUUCUUCUCAUAUCAGAGAGGUCAAUUGUGGAUAGAGAUGAAAGUGGCAAUGUGCUUUGCAUGACGAGCACGAUUUUCGAUGCCGAAAAGAGAAAAAUUGAACGCAAAGCACACAGGGAAUUCCUGGACUCGAGGAACCAGUUCGCGCUCAUUGCGAAUAACACGCCGUCCGGUAUCUGGAUGAUGGACCCCCAGGGUAAACCGAUAUACACAAGACAUACUCGAGUGAUGCUGACAUGA